AUGUGCCUCCUCGCAUCCUACGACAAGAUCUUGCAGCACAUUGAGGCCUGGUUAAAGGUGCGGCUGAAGAUGGGAGUCAGAGGUAGCGCUACGACUCCGGAUGACGACCAGAGCAGCUUCUGCUUUCCGACCCAAUUGCCAAGCCUGGCGGUUGGCUCCUUUGAGCUGCCCAAGACCUCGUCAGUCCAAUCCCUCGUGCUGACGUGCAUUAUGGAGACCAACGUGAUGCACAUGCAUUCUCUGAUUAGCGAGAUUAUGAGACCUGUAUCUAAUCCUGCCACCGGAUCAGCGUCAAAGACUGCCGCUUCAGGUCCUCCGGCUGCAGAGAAGCGCCCCAUGACUGGGGUUGCAGAUACCGGUGAUGGGCUUUCUACGGUAGCAAAGGUGACCCUGCAGGCGAUUGAAGCCAAUGAGGAUUCCACACUACAGCUCGUACAUACUGUUUCCAAAUUAGCUCUCCAGCGUGUUAUGCUCUGGUCAUGGAGUGCCGGGGGUUGUCUUUGCGGUCUUUGGUCGUCCGCAUAA